UCUGCAGACAUACUGAUCCAAUGUCUUGUGGCAUUACACAUUCAGACAAACAGAGAAUAUCUUUCUUCACAGUACUCUAUACGUUGCUGGCAACAGCCCUGUGUGCUUUCCACAGAAACUCACUGUAAUUUCAGUGGAAAACAUUAUGAUGUGCUUUUCUUUUAGCAGAAAACUCCACUGAAAGUAAAUUGAUCUAAUUUCCUCAAAUUAACAGUGUGCAAAGAACUAUGUGAUGGGAACUGAAGUAGGAGAAGCAAGAUGCAAUCCCGGACAAGCCCCCAACCAAUAGAUGCUGCAACCCAGCUUGUUGGUCGGAAAUGUAAAACAGCGACUGGGCACAUUACAGAAUGAUUUAAACCUUUAACCCUCCCACUGUCUUUAUGGGUAGCCCCGUGAGGAAAGUUGACCAUUGAGCAGGAUUGAUGGUAUAUCCCUUGAGGUCCAUGUGGCAGGAGUGAGGUGGUGCUCACUCCUCACCCCUGCCACGUGGACCCAAGGGAUAAACGGGUUAACCCUAACCCUAACCCUAACCCUAACGCUUGAUUGCAGUUAUUGCUGCUAAGGGAGGCCCAACCAGUUAUUAGGUUCAGGGGGCAAUUACUUUUUCACACAGGGCAAUGUAGGUUUGGAUUUUGUUCUCUCCCUAAAUAAUAAAAACCAUCAUUUCAAAACUGCAUUUUGUGUUUACGUGUGUUAUCUUUGACUAAUGGUUAAAUGUGUUGGAUGAUCAGAAACAUUUUGUGUGACAAACAUGCAAAAGAAUAAGAAAUCAGGAAGGGGGCACAUAGUUUUUCACACCGCUGUAUGUUAUGUUGGAUUGUGAACAAAAGUGUUGUUUUGGAAUUGAUUAUUUUAUUUAAGUACGUUUAUUAGACCCUUGUGGAUGUAAAAUGUUCAAGAUGGCUUUGUUCCAUCAAUGAUAUGAGGCUUUGAACGAUAACGUAGACAAUUAUUUAGCAUUUCUCAGUGGUUUGACAAAAGUGUGUACUCAAUUAGGACUGAAUCAAGUUGCCCAAAAAUGCCGAUUUGACCCAAAAGAAUGUAAAUUACUAUAAUAACUAUAACUAUAACACGUAAAACACCAACAGGUUACUGGUCAAAAAGAGUGCAGCAUCACAGAGAGCUAUUCAAGUCAUCUGUUGAAAAUUCCUGUAUUUUUCCAUAUUGAAGGGAUUGAAAAAAGUUUGAAAUAUUGUACAGCCCUAUAUGAGAAUUUAAUAAUAAAAAUACUCAGUACUACCACUGUUUGGUCAGUGAAGAUGCAAUGCUGACAUCUGCAAAGCCUUGAUUGAUCUGGUCUUAUUCAAAGUUGACAAAAAAUAAAUAAAAACUGCUCAAGCAAGAGUGCAAAACUUCUUGCAAACAAUUUUUUCAUUAAGUUGCUUUUUACCAUUUCUUACCCAAAUCAAGUAAAAACUGGAAAUCCGACAACAAAAAGGUAACAAAAGAGACUAGAGACUCUCUGGUGAGCUGAAAGCAGUCAGAAGGCACUGUUUUAUGAGUCAGUUCUUAUACUGUCAAAGAGCUUGUAGAGUCGGACCCAUCUGGAAAUAACAACGCAGUCACUGUGAAGUGUGUGACUAAUUAAACAGCCAACCUUUCCCUUCUGAAGAGGACACACAGGUUCGCUCCUUUGCCAUUGCACUGGCAAACAUUCAACACCCCCUGAAGCACGACUGACGCCCACAGCAGCUCCUCCUCCUGCUCCUCCCUCAUCGCUUCCCUCCUACUCCUCCACAGCCUCUUCUAAAUGUUGCUCAGGGCUUUGUUGCAGCAUCAGACUUUAUCUAUAAGGGAAUGUCUUCCACCUGUGGCAGAAUCGGCAUGUUGGUAAGGAUGUCGGGGCAUCAAGUAACCAAGCAGCCUUUCCAACGCGAGCAUGGAAUUGAUCACACUUGACUUUACAAGGACUUUCUGCUGCUUUCUUUGAUUUUUCAAAUAGAAUAUAGACUGGGAGAAUUUGGUGAACUUCCAGCUGAUCUCCACUACCAAGAACCAAGAGCUCUUCUUGGUAAAUCUCAUUUCCAUGGAAAAAAAGAGGUCUGAUCAGCGGCACUGAAGCAUCUCUGCAUCUCUGCUUUGUCACAUGGACACUAAACAGCUGCUGAACUUGCCAUCGUAUCUCAGGAAAAAGCUGGACCAUUUUUGAAGCUACAGGAUAUGGUGCAACGAUGCUGGCAAACUUGUUUGCGUUAAAAGUGCCUUGUUCUUAGCAACUGACGAGGAUGAGAGAUGGUGUGAUGACCUACCUGUAUUUGACAAGUGUGUUUUUCACCUCGUUGGAGAGAAGAGCAGGCGGAGGAAAAAAGACAACGAGAGGCAACAGGCGAGGGGAGACAGCCGGCGAGGGAAGGUGCGACCUGAGAGGGAAAUUUUGAGCUCAGGACUAGUUGCAGUGCUAGAAGAGGAGACUGAGCGGUCGCUGCCAGACGGAAGGGGGAGGCAGCAGAGAUCUGGUCAAACACCCAUCUGAUUCUGGAGAGUUGUGCUCUGUCAGAGCCACAGAAGGCUGCCAGCUCAGUCCACACGGCUUCACAAAGAGGCCUUUCCCACCUGUAACACAAAUAGAUAACACAAGCAAUGGAUCUCCAAAACAGCACUUUAGGCAACGCUUCAUACCCUCACAGCCUUUGGGAGGUCAUAACCAUCGCUACAGUGUCUGCUAUCGUCAGCUUGAUAACAAUAGUUGGAAACGUACUGGUGAUGCUGUCCUUCAAAGUAAACAGCCAGCUUAAAACUGUGAACAACUACUACCUGCUAAGUUUGGCCUUUGCCGACCUCAUCAUAGGAGUACUGUCCAUGAACUUAUAUACUACUUAUAUACUGAUGGGCUACUGGUCCUUGGGCAACAUUGCUUGUGACCUCUGGCUAGCAGUAGACUAUGUAGCCAGCAAUGCUUCAGUUAUGAACUUACUAGUCAUUAGCUUUGACAGAUACUUUUCCAUUACAAGGCCAUUGACAUACAGGGCAAAAAGGACUCCAAAGAGGGCUGCCAUCAUGAUUGGUCUGGCUUGGCUGGUGUCUUUUGUCCUUUGGGCACCACCAAUUUUGUGCUGGCAGUACUUUGUGGGAGAAAGAAACGUGCCUCCAGACCAAUGCCAAAUCCAGUUUUUAACCGAGCCCGUGAUCACAUUUGGAACAGCCAUUGCCGCAUUCUACAUCCCUGUCUCGAUCAUGACCAUCCUCUACUGUAGGAUCUACAAGGAGACACAAAAACGGACUAAAGAUCUUGCAGAGCUGCAAGGGCUCACAGCAGGAAACGUUCCUGAUGGGACUAAACCACAGAAGACCGUCGUUCAUUCUUGUUUUCAUUUCACCAGAGAGCAGAGAGACCAGAGUCAGGCUUCCUGGUCUUCAUCCAAUCAAAGUAAUGCCACUAAAACCACCACGAGAUCAGAUGAAGCAUGGGCAAAAGCAGACCAGAUCACAUCAUUUAACAGCUAUACCUCUUCAGAGGAAGAGGAGCAUCAUGUUUCGACAGGCACCCCACAAGGAUCAUUCAAAGAGCAGCAUCCUGGACAAAGUCAGAAGAAUGGGCAGGUUCCAGAUUAUUCAGAAGGGAAGUAUUUUUCCACACCUCAAAAGAAGAACUACAAAAAGUGCAUCGCCUACAAGUUUAAACUCGGAUCAAAGAGUAAGAAUGGAAACUCUAGUCCAACACCGUGCCCUCCUCAGGCAGAUGAGUCUGCAAAAACCACCUCCACUACCUCCAAACCCAUUGACCCAAACCUGAAGAACCAGAUCACCAAGAGAAAGAGGAUGGUGCUCGUGAAGGAGAAGAAAGCAGCCCAGACCCUCAGCGCCAUUCUCCUUGCCUUCAUCCUCACAUGGACGCCGUACAACAUCAUGGUGCUCAUCUCCACUUUCUGUGCAGAGUGCAUCCCUGUGUCUCUCUGGCACCUGGGUUACUGGCUGUGCUACGUGAACAGCACCAUCAACCCCAUGUGCUACGCUCUCUGUAACAAGACCUUCCAGAAGACAUUCCGCAUGCUUCUACUCUGCCAAUGGAGGAGGAGGAAGAGAGGCAAGGAAAAGCUUUAUUGGGGUGGGCAAAAUCCAAACGCCAACAACAAAACUAAUUGAUGACCUCCUGUUAGAAUGGGGUCAUGUCUGCCAGAUUUUAUCCACAGCAUGAUUGCGGCAUGUGGCUUGUUUUACAGUGCAUGAUGGUGAAAAAUGAGCAGUCUGUGAUAUUUCAGGGAGAAGUUGAUUCAGCAUAAUUUUGUAUGACAAAAGAAUCAAAGAGAAAGCUUGGAUUUGUUUUUAUUUAAAAAUAGCCAAUGUGGAGGUGUGAAGUCACUACAAUCAUCAUCUCUGCUUGAUGUCUUCAAACUGCGAGCCUUUACUCUUACAAUAACAUCAGUACUUGUGUUUUAUUGUGGUAAAUGCAGGUGUCAGACUCUGCCUGAAGAAGACUUUGAUCUAAUGUGUUCAUUCUGAUUUUUAGUAGUCCAUUGAGUAUUACAUUAGUGCAAUGUUAAAUUGGUGGAAUAUACUCUUGAUAUUCCGACCUUUUCAUGAAAUAGUUGUUUGUGGUGCAUCUUCGUACAGAAUGUCCAUAAUUUCUCCCUGUGUUGGUUUGGAUGUACAAACAAUCCUUUUUGUUUUUUACUGCAAAGCUGCGUUUUUAUGUAAAACCCGACCGAAUGUGAGGAUUUCUCUGUAGGCCUUUACAUGCCUACAAAUUUUGAUACUGACAAAGUCAAAGUGGAGAUAAAAUAUUUCUCCUUUACAGAUCUUUUUUGGUCGCUGAGAAUUAUUUCAGCUCAGCCACAUUGGAAAUUUUUCUAUCAUAAAUGGCCAGUUUAAGGUCAAAUGUCAGGCAUUCUUUAGGAUUUAGUGGUAGAAAUCAGAAUUCACAGUGGUUGCAUCAGUUACAGCAAGUUGUCCCAGAUCAUAUCACAACCACCACCAUGUUUAACUGUUGCUGUGCUUUUGUCGGAAGUGUGUUAGAUUUACAGCAGAUUAAAAAUGAUGCACUUUUAAAAAAUGACAGCAGUCAGAAUGUUUUUGAGAGCCUCGAGAUCUUUUGGGUCAGUGUGAGAUUGUCAUCUUAGAAACUCUACCAUGAAUGCCCUUUUCACUCCCUGACUAUUACAUAUUGGCUUUUGAUGUUGUUCUACGGUUCUCAGGAGGUACAGCGGGUUGUCCAGUAAUCGGAAGGUUGCAGGUUUGAUCUCGGCUCCGAUCAGAGAAUGCUGAUGUUGUGCCCAAGGGCAAGACAUCUGCCUAGCCUGCUGAUGGUGGUCAGAGGGACCGGUGGAGCCAGAGUUCAGCAGCCUCACUUCUGUCAGUACGCCCCAGGACAGCUAUGGCUACAUUGUAGCUCACCAACUUUUGAAUGUGCGUGUGAAUGGGUGAAUGACUGAUUGUGCUAUGAAGCACCUUGGGGGGGUUUGUAGAACCCUAGGAAGGUGCUACAGGCCAUUCUCCAUUUAUUUUUAGUACGGGACAUGCGGUGUUGCUUUUUGAGAUCUUUUGGCCCACUUCAUGUUUUCAGACCGGUUCUAUUGUAGAGAUUUCUAAUGCUACAUGUCUGAAUAAAUGAAAUCAGUCUUUGACAACUGCUUUAUGUGUUUACUCAUGUUAUCUUUGUCUGAUAUUUAAAUCUGUCUGCUGAUCUGAAACUGAAGUGUGACAAAUACAAAACUAAGAGGAAUCUGUGAGGGGGAUCAUACUUUUGCUCAAUAAUGUAUCCAAGCAUAACAAAAAGGUCACGAGUCAAUAAAAAGUAUCAAGAAUAUUUUUACAGUCCCAUCAUUUAGAAUUUUCUCAUUAUGUUAAUGGUGAGUACACUUACUAAAUGUUGCCAAUGCUGCUUGGUGUUUUGCUGUCUUGGUAUCUAUGAUAUGCAGUACUUUCCUAUGUUUGUGGUCUAUUUUUGACCAGCUGUUUACACUGCAUUAUUUGUCUUGUGUUUUGCAACUGCGUGGGCAUCUUAUAACAGUUUUGUUCAUAACAACGACCAUGCUUUAGAAAAUUCAGCUACUACUGUAAACGAUUGGGUGCACAAUAAAGUUCUCUGUGGUC